AUGGCCGCCACACUGUCGAACGGGAAUGGCUACCACGAGGCGGCACCGGACAUAUACAACGCCACCUCUGCCCAGGAUAUCCAACACGCUUUGCAGGAGCUGUCUCAGCGGGAAGCCGCAGUAACAUCCCGCUUGGACACCUUGCUGCAGACUCAGAAAGAUGUCUCUCGCCAGCUGUCUCGUCUCGAUCUCGCGCGUGCCCAGCUUGGCUCUCAGGUCGUGUCUACGCGUGCCAUUAGCAAUGGCAUGCUUUCGUCUGCAGCUUCCACCGCCCACCGCAUCUCUGGAGCGGUGAAGAAACUCGACCAGGAGCAAGCGGCCGUGAAAUCUACCCUGGAUGUGGUGGAGCAGGUCGCCGAGCUCAAGGCAUGUGUCUUGGGUGUGCAUGGCUCUAUGGGAGCCCCUCAAGAUUGGGAGACCGCUGCAAACUAUCUGCACCGAGCAUCGCAAAUCCCGGAUACUGUCAUUGAUGGUGCUUUCGCGGAUGAGAUUGUGCCCACUGCAGAAGUACCGGAUCCGCCACGGCAGACUUUGGAUUCCGCAGCUGAAAGUCUUUGCGCACUGUUCUUGCGAGAAUUUGAGAAGGCUGCUAAAGAGGGUGAUGGGGCUCAGGUGACCCGCUUCUUCAAGCUCUUCCCACUCAUUGGCAGGAGCGACGUUGGAUUAGAUGCAUACGGGCGAUAUGUAUGCAGUGGGAUCGCUGCCAGAGCCAGGAGUAAUAUGAGUGGUACUCAGCGAAAGGAUGGCAUGUUCUACGCCAACACUCUCACCAAGCUUUUCGAGCACAUUGCCCAGAUUGUUGACGGGCACGAACCGCUUGUGGAAAGGCACUACGGCGCUGGCAGCAUGAUCAAAGUCAUUGAGAGGAUUCAAGUUGAGGCAGAUCUUCAAGGAGGUCUCAUUCUGGACACCUGGGCCGAUGAGAGAAGAGUGAGCCGGAAGUUGACUGAUGUCAAGAGUUAUCCCUUCAACUUCCUCGUUCAGAGCUUCCUGCCAUCGCAAAAGUCUGCCUUUUCUCGCAGCGACUCGCCUGCUCCAGGCUCUGGACGUGUCAGUGAGGAUGAAAGCGUGGAUAUGAAAGAGAUUGAUGCUUUGCUGAGUGAGAGUGCAGUCAUGCUGGGUCGCUGGUCACUCUAUUCGCGCUUCUUGGCCAGCAAAACUACACCCCUGACAGAGGAUCCGGAUUCCAAACUGCACCUUCCAGCCUUCAUCGUUCACAGCACGCUGCAGAAGAAGGUCGCCGACUUGCUGAUCGACCCUUUCAAUCUGAUGGCUACCUUCUUUUUCAGACGAUCUGUGGAGAAGGCCUUCCAGCUGGACGAAUUUCCGACUGAUUUGACGCUGAACCCAAACAAAUCGCUAGGCUCGAACCCACCCUUCAUCACCUCUGCCGUCGACGACGUCAUGUACAUUGUCAAUCAAGUCCUCCAACGCACAUUAUCCACCUCUCAGCGGACAGUCAUCUCGAGUGUCGUGCCUUCUGUGGGCAGAGUAUUGGGAUCUGACUUCUUCGGCAUGGUUCAACGAAAGAUGCGAGAUGAGAGCUACCCGAAAGCCGCAAUCCAAGGCGCUCUUCCACCUGAAAGUCUCAUCAUUGCAUUUCUUGUUCUGGUCAACAACUUGGAUGUUGCGACCGAUUAUGUCAAGAGAAUAGUCAACACGAGCCUGGGACAACCUGCUAACGCUCAGCAAUCGAAUGGACACUCUUCACUUGCAGAUUCGUUCCCGUUUGGCAAUGAAGCGACUUCCGUCGAGAAGACCCUUCACAACAUGGAGUCAGGCUUCGAAGUCAAGACCACCGAACUCAUCAACGAGGCGAUAGAAGUCAUGCUGAAGCAAGUCAUGCGCCCCCGUCUGCGACCUGUCCUAAAUGAGACUUUCCGAGAUGUUGAUUACAACACUACCGCAGAAGACGGUGCGCGAGAGGAUCAAGACACACCUGCUGAAGAUCUGGUCGCUCAACGAUUUGAAAGAGGAUGGCAGGCUUUCACUCUACCGAUCAAGCGUAUCGUGACACCCGCGAAUUACGACAGACUUAUCACUUCGACGAUUGGGUAUCUCGCUCGCACACUGGAAAAGCGAAUCUGGUCAUAUUACGGGCGCGUCAAUGAGCUCGGCGCCAUCAGACUUGAGCGUGAUAUCGCUGGCAUCGUCGCGGCGGCCGUCAAAGGCGGAAAGUACGAACUACGAGAUGCAUUUGCUCGAUGCGCGCAGAUGACCCUUAUACUGAAUAUGGAAGAUGACGAGUGGGAAGAGAUCUCAAAGUUGAGUGGCGUACAGCUUGAACGGGAGACAGGCGUGCAAUGGAAACUUGACGCAGAAGAGAGGAAGCGUGUGAGAAGCAUCAUCAAGGACCAAGCAUGA